UCCCACAAGAAAAAUGUCUGCUUUGCAAGUAUCAGAAAUUUAGUUAUUUAGUUAUUUUAAUAGCCGUAACAAGUGUAAAUUUACAUCACUAGAGAUAUAAGCUUUAACGAAAAUGGAAUACACAAUUGGUACAGAUAAUAAAGAAAUUGGUGAUCAAAUAUCGACUUUUUGAUGUGAAUCUCGCAGACUAUAGUGUAAUGAAUCAAGUGUACGUCAUUAAAAGUUGAGUGAGUGAUAACCUUCAGGAUGUCUGAUGAAGAGGACUCUUCGCCGGAUAGGGCUUUAGUGCCCACCAACAAUGUACCAGUGAUGGGCAUCAAACGUCUCAAGCAGAUCGAGACGAUGUUUAUAUCGCGGCGUCUGCAGGGACCGCGCAAUGGCUUCAGUGCUGAGACAUUGUUGGACAUGCUUCUUGUUCUCUACGAUGAAUGCUGCAACAGUAGUCUGCGCAGAGAGAAAGCGGUUGCUGACUUCAUACAAUACGUAAAACCCGUAGCUACAGCACUCAAGCGUCUCAGGUUAUCAAGAGAUGAUUUUGAACUGGUGAAAGUUAUUGGCAGGGGCGCUUUCGGUGAGGUUUGCGUUGUGCGGGCCUCUUUUAUGCAAGGCACAGAUGGCGGAGGUAACAUGGCGGCCGCUGCCGGUGGCACUGUGUCCUCCACGACCGGCGAGAGAGUCUACGCUAUGAAGAUAUUGAAUAAGUGGGAAAUGUUGAAACGAGCUGAGACUGCGUGCUUCCAAGAAGAGAGAGACGUGUUAGUGUUCGGAGAUAGGAGAUGGAUUACGAAUUUACAUUAUGCCUUCCAAGAUGAACAUAAUCUGUACCUGGUGAUGGACUACUACUGCGGCGGAGACCUGCUGACGCUGCUCUCCAAGUUCGAGGACCGCCUGCCGGAGGACAUGGCGAGGUUCUACAUCGCGGAGAUGGUGCUCGCUAUACAGAGCGUGCAUGAACUUAGAUAUGUACACAGAGACAUAAAGCCUGACAAUGUGUUACUGGACGCCAGUGGACACAUCAGACUGGCUGACUUUGGUUCCUGUCUCAGACUUGGUGAUGAUGGAAAGGUACAAAGUAAUGUGGCAGUGGGAACGCCAGAUUACAUAUCGCCAGAGAUAUUGAGGGCGAUGGAGGAUGGACAGGGACGUUAUGGACCAGAAUGCGAUUGGUGGUCAUUAGGCGUGUGUAUGUACGAGAUGCUGUUCGGUGAGACGCCGUUCUACGCGGAGUCGCUGGUGGAGACUUACGGCAAGAUAAUGAACCACGCGCGCUGCUUCCACUGCCCGCCGCCGGAUGACCUCGCACCACAAGUUUCAGAAGAGGCUAAAGAUCUGAUACGACGAUUGAUCUGUUCGUCAGAAAACAGGCUGGGAAAGAAUGGGUUGCAAGAUUUUAAGAGCCACCCGUGGUUCGCCGGCCUGGAGUGGGACAAUGUGCGUGAGAUGCAAGCUCCCUUCGUGCCUGACGUCUCCAGUCCCACUGACACCUCCAACUUUGACGUCGAUGACACUGAUAUAAGGUUAUCAGAGGCAGUACCUCCGCCCCCGCCGUCUGCAGCCUUCUCUGGACGUCACCUUCCCUUCGUAGGAUUCACCUUUACUGCAGGCUCUCGCUUGUCAGACCUGGGUGCGCCUACGCCGCUCAGUCCCGCAAAGAAUGCGCCUAGUCAGCAGGCUCCGUCUAACGCGGGUGAUCGCGCUGCACUCAAAGCAUUGGAACGAGAGAACGCUUUACUAGCGCAGACAAUAGCUGAGCUGAGGUCGGGUGGAUCCGGCCUGGAUGUUACUAGUGAAGAGUUGAUUCAACUGAAAGAAGAAUUAUCGACAUUAUCAAAGAGGAACAGCGACCUUGAAGCACAGUUGAGAUGUCACGAACAAUUGACAGCGGGAGUCACUACUACGGAUUCGAGUUCCCCACAAGAUGUACCAACGCGAUUGAGAGAAUUGGAACUAUUGGUUGCGUCAUUAAACUCUGAGAAAGAUGAAUUAAUUAAAGAUAAGACUGAUGCUCAGGAGAAACUAAGAUUGCAGGACAAGGAGUUAAAAGACGCGUUGUCGCAAUGCAAGCUGGCGAUGGCGGAGUACAACGAGGUGUCGGAGCGGCUCUCAGAACUUAGGCAACAGAAGCAGAAGCUGUCGCGACAGGUUCGUGAUAAAGAAGAGGAGCUGGAAGUGGCAAUGCAGAAGAUAGACGCGCUGCGGCAGGACAUCCGGCGCAGUGACAAAGGUCGCAGGGAGCUGGAGGCCAGGCUGGAUACUGCCAUCUCAGAGGCUACUAAAGAGCGCAAGUUGCGUGAGGAGACGCUGAGGUCGCAGCGCGAGGGCAUGGCGGCUGCCACCGGACCCGCAGCCGAUGUUGCCAGGCUACAGGCUGAUGUUGAGGCGUUGGAGUUGCAGUACAAGGAGUCGCUGGCGCAGCAGCAGGCGCGGUACAACGCGGAACUGGCAUCGCUCAGGGAACAGCUGCAGGAGGGAGACGCUGUCAGAAAUGUACUCAAUAGAGAGCUGCAAACAUCUAAAGAGAAGCUGGAGAGCCGUCGGUUGGAGCAGAUGUCUGACAGUGAGGAUAAACAGAUGCUCAUCAAUGACAAUAGGAAGCUGGCCAAAGAUCUGGAUGCUAUGGCUGAGAACGGCAGAAGAUGGCAGACGGAAAGGAGACAAAUGGAGAUGGAGUUGGAGGAGUUGCGAGCGAAGAGAGAUACGAUGCAGCAUUGGGAGACACAGAUAGCUGAUAUAAUUCGCUGGGUGGCAGACGAGAAGGAAGCUCGCGGCUACCUGCAGGCUCUCGCCACUAAGAUGACUGAGGAAUUGGAUUAUCUUAAACAUGCAAGUUCAGGUCGUUCAGGCAUGGUGCCGCCGUCCUCCCCGCCGGCAGUUGGCUGGGCGGGGGGCGGGGCUGCAGGCGGAGCGGGGGCUGCAGGGGGCGGUGCGGGGGCUGCGGGCGCGGCGGGGGGCUGGCGCAACCGGCGCUCGCAGAAGCUGGACAAGAUGGAGAUUCUGACACUGCAGUCCUCCCUGCACUCAGAGAUACAGGCCAAGCAGGCGGUGGGGGAGGAGCUCAGCAGGACCAGGGCGGAGCUGCUCGCCAGUCAAAGGGAGCUGAUGGAGACGCGGCAGAGGCUGGAGACGCUGGCGCACGAGAUGAAGCGCAAGGAGCAGCACAUCCGCGACAUGCAGGACAAGCUGGACACGCCCGCGCACCCCAACAACUCAUCGAGGCAAGGAUCUGCCAAAUCGUCGACGUAUUGGAGCGGCAAAGAAGAGAAUGUUUUGGACCGUCCACCGUCUCAGAUGAGUUAUUUGGAUCAGUUCCUAAAGGACGCACCUGCAGAGAGGCAUUACGACAAUGUAGCCUCUAUGAACAACGAACAGAAGAUGUCGCCGCAAUACCGUUACAGAAAUGCUCAGCAUUGUUGCAAUGUAAAGAUGUACGGUUCGCAGCAGUCGUCUGCACUGAGCGGGUCCGCUGACUCCCCGGAGGAGGUGGAGCAGCGCGCCGCCUCGCCCGCCUCCACUAAGAGCUCGCCCAGUGACAUGUCCACGGAUCCAUCGCUAGGUCCUGGCGGCAAGCAGAAGAUACAUCAGUUCCUCGUGCGAACAUUUAGCAGUCCCACCAAAUGUAACCACUGCACCUCGCUCAUGAUCGGUCUGACACGUCAAGGCGUGGUGUGCGAGACGUGCGGCCUGGCGGUGCACACGCGGUGCUGCUCCCGCGUCGCCGCGCGCUGCCCGCUGCCGCCGGAGCGCAGCCGCAGACCUCUCGGCAUUGACCCUGCUCGUGGACAGGGCACUGCAUACGAGGGAUAUGUUAAGGUACCAAAGCCGGGCGGAGUGAAGAAAGGUUGGAUGCGACAGUUUGUUGUAGUCUGCGACUUCAAACUAUUCCUCUACGACAUUUCACAAGACAGGAACGCGUUGCCGUCAGUGUGCGUAAGUCAAGUGCUGGACAUGCGGGACCCGGAGUUCAGUGUCACCUCUGUGAAGGACUCUGAUGUCAUACAUGCCAGCAAACGAGACAUACCUUGCAUAUUUAGGAUAUCAACAUCACAACUGGAAGGUGGCAAGCGUUACCACACACUGAUGCUGGCGGAGUCUGAAUCUGAGAAGACCAAGUGGGUGGUCGCGUUGAGUGAACUGCAUAGAAUAUUGAAGAGGAACAAUCUGCCUGACAAAUGUGUGUACUCAGCGUGCGUGGUGGGCGAGGCGAGCGGCGCGCUGGUGCGCGGGGCGGCGUGCGCGUGCGUGCUGGAGCGCGGGCGCGUGUGUGUGGGCGGGGAGCCCGGCCUCGCGCUGCUGGACCUCGAGCGCGCCGAGCUCGUGCCGCGCAGAGCACACGCGCCCGUCGCCAGGAUGAGAUACGUCCCGCAUGAACAGUUGCUAGUUGUGAUAGCUGGUCGUGGCCGGCACGUCCGUCUGGUACCGAUCCGUGCGCUGGAGUGUCCAGAGGUGGAGAGUGUCAAGUUGGCGGAGGCUAAGGGCGCGGUCGACCUCGCUGUGGGCGAGCUCAGUGCGUCCACAUACGGCUUUGCUGUUGUAUGUAAACGACAGAAUUCAUGGGUGGUGUACGUGUACGAGAUAACGCGCACAGCUGCAAGGAGACGUCGCGUGGCGGAGCUGCGCGCGCCCGGCGCCGUGCUCUCUGUGCAGCUGAGCCGCGCCCGCCUCGUGCUCGGUUACAGGGGCGGCUUCGCUGCGCACGCGCUGCCUGAGCCGCGACGUGCACAGGACCAGCCCGCUGUCUCUCUCGUGCACCCGGAGAACCAGGUGAACAUGUUCCUGUCGCACUCUGGUGCGCGGCCGCUGUGCGCGGUGCAGGCGGCCGGCGGGGACUGGCUGCUCGUCUUCAGCGCACUCGCGCUCUAUGUCGACCGCGCCGGCAUGCGCGCGCGCGACGCUGAGAUCAUGUACACCGCGCAGCCGCUGUACCACGCAAUCAACGAUACUCAUUUGAUGAUAUUCACCUCGUCUCAUAUCGACAUCUACGAGAUUGAGUCUGGCGAGUGGGUGCAAACACUUAACUUACCGAAUUCCCGUCCGCUAGACGAGUGCGGGUACAUCGUGUGUGUCGGUGGUGCGGGAAGUAACGGAUUCCCAUUCUCAUCGGACUCUGCGCCGUUUAUUGUGUACCUACGACCGCUGUUUACAGCAGAGGGUCCAUUGAACCUGGAGACGACGUCGUGGGGCAGCAACAAGCGGAGAUUCUCAGUACGGGAACAGUCCCACCAGGCCAUAGAGGCUCAUAACAGAUUGUCAGAGCGUCGCUCCCGUCUCAUCUCAGCGCCUACGAACUUUGCCCACGUGUCGCACAUGGGUCCCGGUGACGGCAUCCGCUCGCAGCGGCUGCUCGACCUGCCCACCACGCUGGAGACCGCAGACGACCACCACCAGCAGUUGUACGGCAGUCGGGAUAGCAGCAAGCGAACAUCGCCCCUAACAAUAUCGCACGGCACCGGAUCUUAUAACGGAUCAUGGCGGCGUCGGGACACAACUGAUGGUGCCGGAGAUACGAUGACGAGAGCCAUGGACAGGUCCAUUGGCGGGGGCUCGCAAGGCAGUGGAUCUCUGUUGGAGAGGUCCAUCACACCGCUCAGUCUGGGCAGCAUGAGCUCGCUACACGAUGUUCUGAAGCUUUACCCAUUACAAACUUUACAGGUUGGCACCGACAUGGGCGAGGGGUUGCACUCUGAAGACAGCAGCUGUGGCGCUUCGCCCCCACAUCCUAUGGACCCUUGAUGAAAUCAGUUGGACGCCUACUGGGGGAUAGACAUGUCUCGUUUUUAUGCUUGUUUCUGUUGAAAACAUCGUAAGCGAGAGGAAGAGAGUAAUACAUGCGAGUAGAUAAAAUCAUGUCUAUAGAUAACAUAAUCUGUGGUACCGUCAAAGAGUAUAAAGUUGUUUUUUAAUCUUUGUAAGUGUUAAUCUCCAGUAGAGCGUGACCUCUAUGGUCUAAAAUAAUAUACAAGGGACAAUUUAUAAUAUUUUAUAAAAAUAAUCGAUCGCCGAAUACCAUUAUAUAAUUUAAGAUUUUUUUUGAGGCUAAAAUUUAUCAAGAAAUAUUUAUUCGAUUGCUUUUGAAAUUAUGCAAUUUGCUGGACGACUUUUGUAUUUUGUGUUUUUUUUUAUACCGUUGCAAAAUGACUUGUUUCUGAACCAUUGCACAAGUGUCAGAGUGACAGUUCCGUUUGACACAUUUUUGACGUAUAUUAGAAAGAAAUACAUUUUAAAAAGUAUUUGAUUUUAUAA